AAACGGGGAACGCGACGGUUCGUGAAAAUGUUACACGAUACUGAACACGAGAAACAGAAAUGAUAUACAGUUUUUGUUUUGUCAACGGUCACAACUUUGGAACAUCAAUUUCAAUCAGCUGGACUGUGGGCAAGAAGACAUGAACGGCCGGAAGCCGCGUCGAGACUCGGACGUCGUGUUAUCAAAGUUUGGUCAGAAGGAGUUUCUGUUCAAGUUCCUCGUAAUCGGUGACAUUGGCGUAGGAAAAACUGCGCUAGUCAGGCGGUACACGGAAGGAAAGUUCACGUCGAAUUACAAGAUCACCAUAGGUGCCGAUUUCGCGAUAAAAACAUUUGAUUGGGAUCCACACACUAGAAUAAGCUUGCAACUAUGGGACGUCGCCGGCCACGAACGGUUCGGAUACAUGACUAGGGGUUAUUACAAAUACGCAGUGGCGGCAGCGUUGGUCUUCGAUAUAUCACGAGUAUCGACGUUUCAGUCGAUUAAAAAAUGGCUGUUCGAUUUAAGGGAAAAAGUCACGCUGCCGGACGGUGCAAACAUACCGGUGGUACUUCUCGCGAACAAAUGCGACAUCCCGUGUCCCGUGGUGCCGACCGAACAGAUCGCGAAGUUUUGCAAAGAGAAUAACAUAGGUGCUUGGUUCGUCACUUCAGCGAAAGAAAACACAAAUAUCGAUGUGGCGAUGCGUUAUUUAGUAGAGAACGUUUUGAAAACGAAGAUCGAUGGCGGUGUCCGGGACUCGAUAAGAUUGCGAGACAAGCCAACGAUUCGAGAGGAGACUACUACGUGCUGCAGAUCAUGAUCGAUAUAUCGAUAGAUUGAAAUCAUUUACGCCGCGACGAUCUCCUCCAGAGACUUUUUUUUAUACGUAUAUAUAAAUUUUUACUCGCGAAGCGUACGAAUAUUCGUACAUGUCGGUUUUAUAAAUAUAUAAUAUGUAUUUUUGCUAUUAAUUAAAAACACAUGGAAGAUAUUUAUUUUGAAUGAUACUCGAAGUGAUGUUAUUUACGACGUGGUCGAUUAGAC